AUGGCGCGGAAGAUCAGGCUAGGAAUUAUUACGCCCUCUUCCAAUACCAGCCUUGAACCUCUCACACAAGCCAUCGUCUCCGGGCUUCCGGAUGUCACAGUUCACUUUUCUCGUUUUCGAGUUCUCAAGAUCAGCCUAGAUGAUGAUGAGCUCGACCAGUUUCAGACCGGCAACUUGAUCUCAGCGGCGCAGCUUCUGGCCGAUGCUGAGGUUGACAUGAUCGGUUGGAGUGGUACUUCAUCGGGUUGGCUGGGGUUUGAGGCAGAUGAAAGGUUAUGUGCGGAGAUCACUGCGGCAACUGGGAUUCCCGCGACGACUUCUGUUCUCGCACUGAACAAGGCCUUGCACGAGUUCGACGUCAAGGAUCUUGGCUUAGUCACUCCUUAUACAGAUGAUGUUCAGGAAGCUAUCAUUCGGAACUAUUCGCGUGCCGGAGUGAGUUGCCAAAAGGAACGACAUCUAGACCUUACAGUGAACUCGUCUUUUGGCCGCGUCGAAGAAACUACGCUAGAUGGUCUCGUGAGUGCUGUCGCCGCUCAGAGGCCAGAGGCAAUAGCACUCUUCUGCACAAACUUGAGAGCAGCGCAAAGGGUGGCUUUCUGGGAGGACAAGCAUGGCAUCUUGAUGCUUGAUACCGUUAUCACGGUUAUUUGGGACAUGCUGCGAGAAUGCAAGGUCAAUAUGAAGCCCUUGGGCAAUUGGGGCAAAUUGUUUUCAAAGUAG